AUGAAAUCACAUAAUCGAAAUAAUUGGAAAAACUUUUCACCGAAAACCAAUGUUAUGUGGUUUCACUAUUUGACAACGAAACUAUGCAGUGAUUUGUGUGAGUUAACCUCAUCAUCUGCUGCAUCCACUUGUGUCAAACGUCGUCAUACUAUUUGUUGUCACCAGUUGAAAGACUUAGAAUUGAGCACGCGGAAAUUCAAAUAUAAAUCCGCGCUCGACUUGGUGACAACACACAAAUUGUUUAAAAAUUGUCGGGAUUUUUUCAGUGAUAAGUAA